CCCUAGACAUUAUAUCUUCAUUUACACAGUUGCCCUCGCUUCAAACGCUAUCGGAAGGGGCAUUGCUACUUCAGAUUUUGGGGAAAAUCUGAAGAAAAACGAAGAAAAAUCAGUAAAUUUAGCGAGAAAUUACAAUGAGUCGGAGUUUGGGGAUUCCGGUGAAGCUACUGCACGAGGCGUCGGGGCACGUGGUGACGGUGGAGCUGAAGAGCGGCGAGCUUUACAGAGGCAGCAUGGUGGAGUGCGAGGAUAACUGGAAUUGCCAGCUUGAAAACAUCACUUACACUGCUAAGGAUGGGAAGGUUUCACAGCUAGAGCAUGUUUUCAUUCGUGGCAGCAAAGUCAGAUUCAUGGUAAUACCGGAUAUGCUCAAGAAUGCUCCAAUGUUCAAGCGUUUGGAAGCUAGAAUCAAGGGCAAGGGUUCUGCACUUGGUGUUGGUCGGGGGCGUGCUGUUGCUAUGCGAGCUAGAGCUCAGGCUGCAGGUCGUGGAGCUGCCCCUGGCCGGGGGGUCGUGCCACCUGUGAGGAGGUGAUCACUUCCCAGAUUUGGCAUCUCAUUGGUUCUCCUCAGAAGUAUUGUCAUCCACUAGUGAUAAUUUAAUGACCCUUGUUUUCUAUGGUAAAAUCAUCGGUGCACAAUGAAUUAGCUUAUUUCCCGUAAUAACUUGAAAUGGUUUUCAGUUGGAUGUAAUUGCUACUUUAGCAACUCUUCAGAUGUGCCUUAAUGUCCUCAAACCUUGUUUUGUAGUCUGAUUGAACUUUUUGGAGGUAAAUAUUUUAUGAGUAUUGCAAUUUUAUUGGCCGUGAUAUUCAAU